AUGAGCCUCGUGCAAGGAUUACUACACGGUAUAUUACACUUGUUGUACGAACGACAAGGUGGAACCCUCGAGCUCGUUAUGCUAUCCUUUCUCGUCGGCUCGAGCUCUGUUGCCACUGUCAAACAUUAUCUAUACGAGACUUUCAUCUUCGCGCACCGCGCUCUCGCAAUAGCCCUUGCUAUCACUCUUUGGAUUCACCUCAGCGGUAGGAGUACGUUUGAGCGCACACUCGUCCUGACCGCGUUCAUAACGUCUCUCGGGGCAAACGCUCUCCACUGGCUACGGCAGGUAUGGUGGAACCUACGGAGAAGAGACCUCAGUAUGCCGCGCAUCACAAGCGCUCGUUACGAUGCGAAUGAAGACGUAGUAUUGGAUAUUUCGCUACCCAAGGACCGUAUCGUCCAUCCCGGACAAUACGUCUAUCUUACUCUCCUAGAUCCUCGGCGGCUAUCACUGCUCCAGCGGCAUCCUUUUGUGAUACCGUGGUGGGAUUCUAGAGACGAUAUUCUUACAGCACGGUCUCUGUCUAUAUUCAUACAUCCACAGAACGGAUGGACAAGGUCAUUAUCACAACAGGCCCUCUCCAUUUCCAUACGCUCCAAGGAGGGCGAAACAGAGGAGGGAGGCGAUCGUCGUCCGCGAGCGCUUCAAGACGUGGCUGCUUUGACGCCUUCCAAGCCACGGAUAUGGCUCGAUGGACCUUUCGGAAAAGAAUACAAAUUGGAAGGAUUCGACACUAUAAUCCUGUUUGCCUCCGGCACAGGCAUUUUCUCGCUGCUACCGUUCAUCAAAGUCCUCACGCACCAAGUCAUGAGGCCAAAGCUCUGCCUCGUGUGGAAGACGGGCCAGAACUAUGCCUUUGUCAACGACUGUUUACAACCCAUACUAUCCGAAGAUCUCGUUUCGCAAGAAUCGCCGACAGCAAUGCACAUGGCCUGGUACCUUACGCCAGAACUAUACAAGAAUUUGGAAAGGGAGAAGUCUCCUCUGGCGGGCGGCAGAAGGGUGAAAAUAUCAAUGGAGGUUUUGGAAAUAGACGAUCAUCUCCCAUCUAGGGAGAACGAGCAUCACAGGAAUAUUGGCAUAUUUGGUAAACUCCAGCCGUUCCGUGAAUCUGCUCUGCUAACGGGUCCCAGUGUCUGGCGACCAAAGGUUACGGCAUGA